GAGUGAAGCUUUGGAAGGGGGCCUGAGGGGGUGACCCCGACCCGACCCUGCACGUUCGGCCCCACCAUGGUGUCCUGGAUGCUCAGCCGAGUGAUUGUGCUGCUCUUCGGGAUGCUCUACCCUGCCUACGCCUCCUACAAGGCUGUCAAGAGCAAAAACAUCCGGGAAUAUGUCCGCUGGAUGAUGUACUGGAUCGUCUUUGCCCUCUUCAUGGCCACGGAGACCAUCACCGACCUGCUCAUCUCCUGGUUCCCCUUCUACUACGAGCUGAAGAUGGCCUUUGUCAUCUGGCUGCUGUCCCCCUACACCCGCGGCGCCAGCCUGCUCUACCGCAAGUUCGUGCACCCCACCCUGUCCUCCAAGGAGAAGGAGAUCGACACCUACAUCGUCCAGGCCAAGGAGCGAGGCUACCAGGCCAUGGUGCGCUUCGGCAAGAGGGGGCUCAACUUGGCAGCCACAGCUGCAGUCCAGGCAGCCACCAAGAGCCAGGGGGCCCUGGCCGGACGCCUGCGGAGCUUCAGCAUGCAGGACCUGCGCUCCCUCCCCGACCAGACCCCCCUGCACUACCAGGACCCUCUCUACCUGGAGGAGCAGGAGAGCCGCAGGCAGCUGCUGGUCAUCCCCAGUGCCCCUUCCUUGUCCCCAGCCUACAGCGUGGCCAGGGGCGGGCGGCAGUGCGAGAGCGAGACGGAGGAUGAGGAGCCCUGGUCGGACUCCCAGGGCUCUGCAGAGCCUUCUCCUCGCAGCAGAGAUCCCAAACCCCCCUCCCGCAGCCAGAGCCUGCGUGUGGUCAAGAAGAAGACCCCAAGCAAAGAGGGCUCUUCCCGGCUCCUUCGCAGCCGCAGCAGGAAGAAGCUGCCCCCGGGGGCUGAGGAGAGCUGACCCCACCCCAGCAGCCUGCCCGGCCCCAGGCUGAGCUGCACUGCGCUGCUGCACCGCCGGCAGGGAGGGAGGGGGGCACAGAGUCUCCCCCUCUGCCUCUGGGGAGGGGGCUUCACACUUCAACCCCCCCUGCCCCCAACCUUGCCUGGCACUGUCAACCCCUUCUGACCUCUGGGGCUCCCUUGCCAGACCACCCCCCUCAUGUCUGUGUGUGUCCCCCCCAGGACUCCUUAGGCUGGCACUGUCAGCCCCCUCUGACCUCUGGGGCUGUCCCAUGCCUGUCCCCCCCAUUCCCACCCCCCAGAACUCCCUUGCCUGGCACUGUCAGCCCCUUCUGACCUCUGGGGUUGUUCCAUGUGUGUGUCACUCACCUCCCACCCACCCUUACCUGGCCCUGUCAGCCCCUUCUGGCCUCUGGGGCUGUCCCAUGCCCCCCUCCCCAGGACCCCACUGCAGCAGGCUUGGCGCUGGCGUCUCUCCUGUGGGGUCCCCUUCCCCCCUCCUCAAUUCCCUCCCACCCCUAUAGGCUCUGCUGGCUGCCCCCCCCCCAACCAAAAUCCUGCUGCCACGAUGCCUUCCCCCUCCCCCCACCUCCCCUUGACCAGGACUGGGGGAGGGGGGGCUGGAGCGGGGGGGAUGUGCCUUGUCCCAUCUGAAGCCAAAGACACAGCCACUGGCCAAGACCACCCCCCUCAAAAGCUGCAGACUGACUCCCCCCACCCCAAAUACUUGAACCUGGGCUCCUCUGCCCCACUCUGGGUGGAUUUUAAUGUCCUCAGAAUAAAUCUCUGUGUUUGUUUUCUUUUCCA